UAUUACCUGUGCGAUAACUACAGAAACUUCUUAUGAACUCUGAUACUUCUUAAAAAAUACUGACUACACUCAGUAUUUAUUGACUUAAAUUAUAGUUAACGUUUAAGCACUUUAAAGAAAAUAAAUAGGAAUACAUUUUUAUCAUUCGCAUAUAACCACACCCGUGUUUACAACAAUUUAUUUAUAUUAGGUACGAUUUAAUUGUUUUGAUUAUACUUUUAAAAAAGAUAUUACUAUGGCUUUAGUAAAUAAAACCGUCAUAAUAGUUGGAGCUGGUGUAGCUGGAAUUGCAGCAGCGACUAAACUUCUCAAAAAUAACGUACAAGAUUUUAUUAUUUUAGAAGCAGAAAAUCGCCUAGGAGGACGUAUUCAGACGAUUCCAUUUGGAGAUGGACAUAUUGAUAUUGGCGCACAAUGGAUCCACGGAGAAGAAGGCAAUGUAGUAUAUCAAAUGGCUUCAGAAAAACAUUUAGUAUCGGAUUUUAGAGAUACAAUGGAGGAUUUUAUGAACUCUGUAUUUGUUACAUCGACAGGUCAAAUUAUUCCAAUUGAUCUUUCUAGCGAUUUCAUCAAAUCGUCUUAUUCUAUUCUUGAUGAGAGUCCUGAAGAUGAUUUAGAACGAUUUAUGUCUAUUGGAGAACUUUUUCAAAAGAGAUUAGAAAAAAUGACCAUUAAGAAUAAAGAAUUACCAAUUAAACAGAUGGUAAAUUGGUGUCACCAUUAUCAAAAUUCAUACAAUGGUAGCGAUAGUUUGUAUGAAGCCUCAUCUAUCAAUAUAGAUACAUUCAAACAUUGUCCUGGAUAUCCUGCCAUUAGUUGGAAAUCAAAAGGUUAUUCAACUAUAAUUGAUCUGUUAUUGGAAAAAUAUAAUGAUCAAUCAGAAAAUCUACAAAUAAAAGAUAAAUUAAUCUAUGGAAAAGAAAUUGUGAAAAUAUAUUGGUCAGGCGAUCGAGCAGAAAUUAUUUGUGCUGACAAUAGCCACUUUCAAGCAGAUUAUGUUAUACUGACGGUUAGUCUUGGCGUUCUAAAAAAUGUGUAUAAUGAAUUAUUUGAACCUGAACUUCCAGAGUACAAGUUAAAAGCAAUAAAGAAUUUAGGAAUUGGAACUGUUGACAAACUAUUUUUGAAAUUCCCGUACAAAUGGUGGUCUGAUAACAUAUCUGGAUUCAGCUUUUUAUGGUCUGAUGCUGAUCGUGAAUUAUUCAUUAAUGAAAACAAGAGUCGUGGAUGGGAUUACUUAUGUGAUGUCUUUGGUUUUUAUAAAUGUAAUAAUUGUCCAAAUACAUUAUUGGGAUGGAUUGUUGGUUCAGCAGCUAGAAAAAUGGAACGCAAAUCAAUCGAUGAAAUCAAAAUAGGAUUAAUGUAUUUAUUAAACAAAUUUUUAGCCGAUAAAUUCAUCAUACCAUUUCCUGAUUUAGUUACUAGAUCUCAAUGGGGAACUAAUAGUCAUUUUUAUGGAUCAUAUUCAUUUCACUCAAUGAAUACAGACAAAGAAGGCAAAGCUAACAAUGAACUAGCUAAACCAUUAGUCAAUUCAAAAAAAAAAGAGAUCAUUUGUUUUGCUGGUGAGGCAACACAUAGUCAUUACUUCUCAACCGUACAUGGUGCUAUUGAAACUGGUUGGCGAGAAGCUGAUAGAAUUUUAAUUCAUUUAAAAAAUACUGGAAUAUAAUAUAGCAUUUUUUUUUCCAUUAACCCUUAUUAUUAUUGUAAAUAAAAUUUAUAAAACAGUUAAAAAUAAAAAUAAAUAUUUUAUGUAUUUUCUUUUAGCUUCGAUAUAAAGCUGAGAAGGUAUUGAUUUUACUAUGAUGUGUAUUUUUUUGUGACAGUAAUCACUUUUUCUCACCGAACGAAUUUUAACGGCACAUCAAAAAAUCACAAAUCAAGUCGAAGAAAUUACCUUCAAAAUUGAAUUAAUUUCCCUCGUUCCCAACAAAUGGGGAAAACCUCCGAAAAAAUUAAAACUUAAAAAUUGCCAUCUAAAAAUAAUGAAAACUACAUACACCUCUAUAGGAAAAUUAUUGAUUCAAAAUUAUUGAAAAAUCAUGAGCUUUUGACAUUCAAAAGCCAGAGAACCCUUGUACACUCAUUUGAAUGUAAAAAUAUAUAUAUAUAUAAAAUAUAUAACGAACUAAAAUGUUUAUAUUGGAUACACCCAACCUAACAACAGUCAUAGGUCAAGUGGGACAAAUGUUAAUGAAUGGGUUAAUAAUAAAUUCAUUAUUCUUCUUAGAGUGUAUAGUACUUAUUACUUCAGAUAGGACAAUACCAAUCGUCAAGUAUAUAAAAUAUUUAAAUGUUUAAAUCCAAGUAGAAAAUUAAAGGUUAUGCAUUUCGUUCAAAAAUGCAUUUAUAUUUAACCCACUUGGCCAUAAUAUAAUAAAAAACAAAAAAAUGAUAAAAAUUAUUAAUAUGUUUUAAGGAAUAAAGAAUAAAAUAUCUUUUUUUGAAAAAAAAGCUGCAUUAAUAAAGACUUCUAAUGAUGUAAUAAUCAAAAAUACAUUGGGUAAGACCAAUGAACUAGAUAAAGAUAAAGAACACGUAAAAUAUGAAAUAAAUAUAAAAUAUAAAAAUACAGAUAAUUAUGGCAAGAUAACUGAUAGCUUAGAAUUAAACUUACAGAAAGAACAAGAACUUGAUCAAGUCCAACAUAAUGCUAACGAACAGAACGAAACUAAUGUAGAUGGUAGGAUUACCAAUAACCCACGAGAAAGAAGCGAUAUAUUUAAAUUUGAAAGUAAUAAUAAACAGCACAUAGAGGAAGGAGACUGUGUAAACGAGCUAGACACGACGACAGAUGAGAAAAAAAUUGAUGAUUGCGAUGAGAUAACUGAUAGCUUAGAAUUAAGUUUACACGAAGAAAAAAAACUUGAUAAAAUCCAACUUAACACUAAAGAUCAAAAUGUAUUACCCAUUAUUCAGAUGCCUAAAUCAUCAAAAACGCCAAAAUGUCAAAAAAAUAAAAAAGAAAAAAAAGAAAAGGAAAGGAAAGAAAUCCCAGCGAUGAAUGUGAAAAAUAAAAA